AUGGUUGGCGUAGCACGCACAGCGAGGCAAAUGGCGCCCGUCGCGUUGUUGGCGCGGCAGGCAUGCUCCCGGCAUUUGGCGGUUGCUGCUGCUGUCGGCGGCGGCGCCGUUAUGAGAGGCUUCAGCGUUAGGGCGGUGCCGGGGAGCAGAUUCAGCCCGAGCCUCAACGGUAGGAGGAACUUCUCACACUCGGCGCAUUGGAGGUCGGUAGCCACGCCCAAGGUGGAUCGCGGAGGGUCCAAAUUGUGGGAGAGCGCCGAGGAUGCGGUGGCCGACAUUCGGAGCGGAUCCGUGGUGCUGAGCUCCGGGUUUGGGUUGUGCGGUGUCGCGUCGACAUUGAUCGGGGCACUUCGAAACCGGGGACCCGAAUCCCUCCACUCGCUCACUGCCGUGUCCAACAAUGCGGGAGCCGAAGGGCGCGGCGGCCUUGCCCUCCUGACGGAGAACGGGCAGGUAGACCGCAUGAUCAUGUCGUUCCUGGGGCCCAACAAGAAGCUGGAGAAGCAGUACCUCACGGGCAAGAUUGCCGUCGAGCUGUGUCCCCAGGGGACGUUGGCCGAGAGGAUACGGGCGGCGGGGAGCGGCAUUCCAGCGUUUUUCACCCCAACUGGCGGGAAUACACUCGUGCAGGAAGGCGCAAUCCCGGCCCGGUUCGAUGCUGACGGCAACGUGGUCGAGUACGGCAAGCCCCGAGAGACCAGGAUAUUUGACGGACGGCGGUAUUUAAUGGAGACGGCACUGCAUGGUGAUGUGGCAAUCCUCCGGGCGUGGAAGGUUGACAAGGCGGGCAACUGCAUCGACCCUAACGAUGUCGACCUCCCGGGAAUCUUCAUCGACCGCAUCGUACCCGCCACGGAAUCGUCGUUGGUUGAGAUCCUGAAGACGCGGUCCGUUGGGGAGAGUGCGGAGACUAAGGCAAAGGGGGACGCUCAGAUCCGGAGGGACCGCAUUGCGAGGCGGGCGGCGAAGGAACUAAAGGACGGGUUCUACGUCAACCUCGGCGUCGGCCUCCCCACCAUGGCGCCCUCUUUUCUUUCCCCGGACCAGCAAGUUUGGAUCCAAUCCGAAAACGGCAUCCUCGGCAUGGGUGACCACCCGCUCCCGGAUGAGGUUGACCCGGACAUCAUCAACGCAGGCAAAGAAACCACGACGCUCGUGCCCGGCGCAGCCACCUUCGAUUCCUCCGAGUCCUUCAGCAUGAUCCGCGGCGGCCACGUCGAUGUGUCCAUCCUGGGCGCCCUGCAGGUCAGCGCCGCCGGCGACCUGGCCAACUACAUGAUCCCGGGCAAGGUGUUCAAGGGCAUGGGCGGCGCCAUGGACCUGGUGUCGAACCCGGACAACACCAAGAUUGUUGUCGCUACCGAGCACGUGGCCAAGGACGGGUCGAGCAAGAUCGUGCAGACGUGCAGCCUGCCGUUGACGGGGGCGCGGGUGGUCAGCACCAUCAUUACGGAUUUGUGCGUUUUCGAGGUUGAUCGGAAGCGAGGGACGCUGACGCUGACGGAGGUUGCGCCGGGUGUGGAGGUAGACGAGGUGAAGAGCAAGACGGACGCGGCGUUCACGGUGGCAGAGGAUCUAAGGGUCAUGGAGUGA